CCGGCAACAGCAACCGCGGGGGAUCGCCAGACACAGCCUCAGUUAGUCGUGAACCGGCCGAGUAGAACGUACCUUGUCCAAUCAAUCCCGCGAAUCGAUGACAUUGAUUAGAUAGGGAUAACAAAAUUGACCGAAUAGUAAAAAAUGGUCUGAAUCACUGGCGAUAAAGUUACGAAAUAAAGAUUAAAAUUUCAAACGUUAUCAUUUUGAUGUGGUGUUACCAUGUGGAGAUCGACAAGUUGCGAUUUUGGUGAAUAAAUAUAUUGGAUUUGUGAUUUUUAUGACAGAAAACUUGGAAAUUAUCACAAUGUGGAGUUUAGUGAUUAUUCUGCUGUGUGCAACAGGUCUCUCAGCCGGAAUCCUAGUGGAAGCUCAGCCAAACAGUAUAAAUUUACCCUCGGGUAACCACGAAAAAAACGAUAAAGAUUUCACCGGAAUACGUAGAUUUGCAUGCCCCGUUGGAUUCUUCAGACUCAAGAGAAAUUGUUACUACCUGAGUGCUGGAGUAGCCCCAUGGAGGGACGCUUACUUCCACUGUAAAGACAGAAACUCAACAUUGGCAGAACUCGAUAAGAACGGAAAGGAUCGAAUACUACGAAAGUAUCUCAUGGGCGAACAAUUCACGAGACUGGAGAGGUGGAUAGGCGGGUUGUAUAAUUGGAACCAAAAGGUCUGGCAGUGGGGUGCGACGGGUGAAAAUAUAAAAUUUCAGAACUUCGCUGGUGCGCUUAGUAAAAAUUCAUCGCAAUACGCGUGGUACUGCAUAGUUCUAAAUCCAUCGGCCAAAUACAAAUGGACACCGCGAAGUUGUGUUGAAAAAAAGCACUACAUCUGCCAGGUUCCCGCUGGACGAAUAGGACGGAGGAGGAAGAAGACUGUUCCAACGGAGGUGGGGCCCCAGAACCAGAGAUUGAGACCGAGGAAAAAGGGGAAGAAGAGGAGGAAAGAGAAAAAAAAUAACUUGAGGGAGCAUAGGAGGGGACGAGUGGGAACUGCGUGGAACAAGGAUUGGGUCGACAAUGACAAUCAGGAGUGGGCACACGGAGUUAAACUCGGGUCAAGGCCGCUGACUGAUAUCAAGUCAUCACCGGAAAUACGAGCAAACAGAACUCGUCAUCGAAAUAAUCGCAACAGGGUUCACGAUAGACCGCCCCGAAUAACGCAGAUAAACCCGCAAGGACACGAAUAUGGGGCAUUUCUAGGGGAUGGCCCAGCUGGCGGACGCCCCAAGGCACUGUCAGACGAAAAAACACUCUCUCACUAUCACGCAAAGAUCAACGAUUUGUCCCUUGAGGAAGUGCUUCUAAAAACUUGAGUAACUCCAUGUCCCAUUGGUCCAGAGGGAGGAAAAUGCACUUAAAAAACUUCCAUCGUUAUUCUCUAUUCUCUUCUAGAUGAGUGUUCAAGAACUCUCUGUGCGAAGAUUAAAACCAACAGAUAAAAAAAUUACCACUUCGCUGCUCUCUUUCAAUGUAACUAUUUCUCCCGAGUGCGCGAUAUAUUUUUUUUUUCUAGCUUAAACUGUAUUUUUGUAUUGCAAAACGAAGUCUUAGUUAUUAAUUUUCUCGAAUUUCAUUAAUAUUAUUAUUUAACUAAGGAAAUGAACGUGUUUUUAACGAAAAAAUAUUACAAUCUGUGGAUUGAAAUUUCAAGACAAGAGUAAUAACAUCGAUGAAGGAUUUACGAUCACAUGUGUUGAAAGACAAAUGUUUGCUAGCUAUCUAUCUCGAUUCCGUUGAAUAAUCGAGUAUCAUGGGGCUAUAUUUUCCCCACCGCCCUUGGAAUGUCGUAAAUUCCUCAAAUGUCUGAGAAUUUCAAACUGUGAAUUAUUCGCUGGAAUAUUUCCUUGUCACCUGUAUUUUUGUAUUACCAAGUCUUACUCUAAUUUAAUUAGCUUAGGGAUUUUUAAUGCUAGUACUCGUCAACGUAGUUCCUAGUGGUCUUUUAGUUGAACGGGAGAAGAUUUAGAAAUUAUUGUAUUAGACGUCCAAUUAAUUUAUUCAGUCAGAUGCGCGGAAAUUGCAAACUCCUAAAUUUCACGUCAGAAAUAAAAACCUUUCAACUAUAAAUCCUCAGGAAAUUAUCUGCAAAUCUCCUGAGUCUAGAACGAGGAACGCUUUGCCUGUACAUAUUGUUGAAACCUACUCCAACGUCAAUGUCAAUGUAAUGUUUAUCGCAUGUAGAAACGACAAUGUAAAAUUAAAUUAAACUCACCUUGAUGUACGUGCACAA